CAAUUCAUAUCUGUCUCAACAAUUAAAACUUUGCCUGCCGAAACGUGGUAAUAAUCACAUACCAAGAUGCAGGUACCACCGAUUUUUAUGGAAUUACCAUUGGAGGACCAGGCACAAGAACUGCGAGUGUACUUCAAAAGUUUAGGUGCUGAAAUCAGUGAAGAAAAAUCUCCUAAAGGUAUUGAGGAUGAUUUACACAAAAUCAUAGGUGUCUGUGAAGCUUGUUUUAAGGAGGGCAAUGAAAGUGAAAUAGAAACUGUUUUAAACGACAUUGUAUCUAUUAUGAUAGUAAUUCCCACAGAACGCACAGGAAAUUUAAUAUUAGCAUUUUGUGAGAAGUUAACAAAAGCGUCUGAUUGCAAAUUUGGUUUAGUAUGUUUAAAAGCAUUAUGGUUAUUAUUCCAAUCUAUUCCUGAUGAAUCUCCAAUGAGGUAUCAUGUUUAUUAUCAUAUAGUUCAAAUUGCUUGUAAUGUUGAUCAAGUAAAAGCAGUAUAUGGUGGAAUUCAGCAACUAAAGCAACAGUUUGCAUCGCUCUCACCAUCUAAUGAGCAAAUGCAGAAAUUGCUUAGAUUAUUACAUGAAGUACUCCUAAAAUGUAAACAGGGAGAACAGGCAGCUGCAGUUAUGGUAGAACUCUUGGGCACUUAUACAGCAGAAAAUGCUUCUGCGGCUAGAGAAGAUGCACAACGGUGCAUUCUAGCUGCAUUAGCUGAUCCUAACACUUUUUUGCUUGAUCCUUUGUUAGCAUUAAAACCUGUAAAAUUCUUGGAAGGAGAACUCAUUCAUGAUCUACUUCUUGUAUUUGUGAAAGACAAAUUACCUGGAUACUUACAUUUUUAUCAACAUCACAAAGAAUUUGUUGAGCAUCAACUUGGAUUAAAUCAUGACCAGAAUAUGAAGAAAAUGAGAUUAUUAACAUUUAUGCAAUUGGCUGAAACAAAUCCUGAAAUGUCUUUCGACACAAUACAAGAGGAAUUACAAAUUAAUGGAGAUGAAGUAGAAAGUUUUAUCAUCGAUGUAUUAAAAACAAAACUCGUUAGAGCUCGAAUGGAUCAAGCUGGUCGUAAAGUACUUAUUUCAAGUACUAUGCACAGAACAUUUGGUCGACCACAAUGGAUGCAACUACGUGAUUUACUUGCAGCUUGGAAAUCAAACUUAACUGCUGUGCAAGAGGGUAUGAAAUCUGUAGCUGCAGCACAAAUGGAAUUAGCUGUGAAAAAUAAAGCUGUAAUAAACCAUUAAAUGUCUUCAUAAUGUAUAUUCAAUUUAUGAGUAACUUUUACAAAGUUUAAGUAAACAUUGAAAUUUAUUAACUUUUUUUCAUUAAUUUGAAACUUCAAUUGAAUAAAUAAAUUUAUCGUGUAACUGCAGUAUUAUGACGGUAAUUAAAUGAAUCAUUUAAAAUUA